AAAUAACAUCGAAAUAAUUAUUAAUUCUUAUACAAUAAUUUAAAAUAAUUCAUACAGCCAGCUGCUUUCAAAGCCUAGUAAAUUACAAGUGUAUUAUACAGCUUUAUUACUACGAGAGUAACCCCCUUUAUCCUAAGUCACGGUACGAGAGUAACGAGAUUUCAAAAAUCUCCCAACAAUAACACCCAAAAUGGAAGCCUAUGCGCGCGCAGGCGAUUCUGUGCGCAUUUUCCCUCCAAAGUAGAAUCUACGUCAGUACUACAACCUGUCUUGUAAAGCUAAGACUUCGCGCGCAAAAACCCUUAUCUAUUGUUACAAAAAAUAUAUUUAUUUUCUAUUAAAACUGUGCUAGGUUUCACAAAGGAUAUUGUGUGAUAAUUUUAGGGUUGUUAUUCGCAAUUUUGUGUUGCGUUUUUACAAUAUAUCUGUGUGGGAGUUUACAGCCCUGUGAUUAGCUAAUUCUGUGUUGUGAUAAUUUUGUGUAGUGUAAUUUGUAUGGCUUGUGUUUUGGAUAGUCCUUAUGACGGAGUGAAGAAGCGCAGUCACAUGUAGUACACCUACAUUAAAUCUGUAGUGGUGAAAAAAGAACGACGCGUGCGCAGCUCCGAUGAUCGCGUGCGUUCGCUGCGACAGCUGACAUGAGCUGAAACAAGUCAUGUCCACCAAGAAACACUCGCCGCAGCCCAAACGGUCGGAGGCGCUGAGCGGGCGGCUGUCAAAGUCAGCGUCCGAACUGUCGUGCGCGCCCCCCGCGCAGCAGUCCCCACCCCCCCGCGCGCGCUCAGCUCACCAUCACACGCCAUUGUCUGUGGUGCAUAGGACACAGCAUUUCUUCACCAAUUUGAAGAGUCGAUGGCAACGCAGCAGGAGUCGGGAGCGAUGUCCGGCCGGCACCAUAUUCUCACUGGCGCCAGGAGUGGACAGCAGCUCGGAGUACGCCGACAGCUCUCAUAGCACGCCAGCGCACUCGCCUCGACACCGACAAGUCAAACGAGAUCUAUCAAUGACGAGACAGUCCACCGAUCCUACGCCGUCCACGUCAGGCACGCCCGCUCAUCAUCCGCGACCGCACGCGGAGUUGCUUCAGCUGGAACCAGAUGAAGGGCAGAAGUUACGAGAGCGACUUCUUAGACAGCAUUCGUUCUUCCAACUUAGGAUACACUUGAAGAGAGGACAGAACCUAGUAGCCAUGGAUAAGAAUGGUUUGUUGUCAGGGACGAGCGACCCAUACGUGAAGUUCAAGGCUGGAGGUAGGCUGCUUCACAAAUCCAAGAUCGUGUAUAGGGACCUUAACCCUGUAUGGGACGAAGUUUUUACGGUGCCUAUCGAAGACCCCUUCCAGGCUGUGCAGAUUAAGGUUUUUGAUUACGAUUGGGGUCUUCAAGACGACUUCAUGGGAUCCUGCCACUUAGAUUUGACUGCGCUUGAGCUCGGCCGAAGUCAAGACCUGGUCCUCUGUCUGAGGGACCACAACAAGCCUCAUCAGGACAUGGGGGAAAUUGUCAUGAACGUCACUCUACUGCCGAAGUCACAGGAAGAUAAGGAGCAGUAUUUAUUGAAGAACACUCGUCUAAGCGACGUGAACAAGCGACUAAAAGCGCAAAUCUGGAGUUCGGUGGUCACCAUCGUCCUGGUCGAAGCCAAGAACCUGCCUGCCAUGGACAUGGAUACCCGGUCGAGUGACCCUUAUUGUAAGUUUAGAUUAGGCAACGAGAAGUACAAGAGCAAGGUUGUAUGGAAGUCUUUACAUCCAUCGUGGCUGGAGCAGUUUGAUCUCCAUUUGUAUGAUGAUCAGGAGCAGAUCCUGGAAGUCACCGUAUGGGAUAAGGACAAGCAAACCAAGGACGACUUUUUGGGAAGAUGUACGAUAGACCUGUCAAAAUUAGAAAGAGAAAAGACACAUAACAUAUGGCAGGACCUAGAAGAUGGAAACGGCCAGAUAUUUCUCCUUCUUACAAUAAGUGGCACCACGCAAUCUGAAACCAUUACUGAUCUGACUAGUUAUAGAGAAAACCCUAAGGAUAUUGAAAUUAUUGAAAGGAGAUAUACGUGGUACCGCGUGAAGGAGCAGGCGGCGGGCGCGGGCUGGCUGUGCGUGAAGGUGUACGGCGCGGCGGGGCUCGCGGCCGCCGACCUCGGCGGCAAGUCCGACCCCUUCUGCGUGCUCGAGCUCGGCAACGCCAGGCUGCAGACCCACACCGAGUACAAGACGCUGGCGCCCAACUGGAUGAAGAUAUUUACUUUUACAGUCAAGGACAUCUGUUCCUACCUCGAACUAACCGUAUACGACGAAGACCACGACCAUAAAGUGGAAUUCUUGGGGAAGCUGACGAUACCCCUGCUGACUAUACGGAAUGGGGAAAAGAGAUGGUACGCAUUGAAGGACAAGAAAAUGCGGGCGAGGGCCAAGGGGAACUACCCACAAAUACUGCUGGAGAUGACAGUGAUUUGGAACCCCCUUAAAGCGGCAAUACGGGCUGUGAAUCCAAAAGAACCUAAAUAUAUGCAUCAAGAGGCUAAAUUCAAGAGACAGUUGUUUAUUAGGAACGUGAUGAGAUUGAAGGCGAUCAUAAUGUGGUUUAUAGAAAUAGGGAAAAUUUUACAAGACUGUUUCGAAUGGGAAUCCAAACUCCUUUCAUUUAUGGGAUUGUUGGCGUGGCUUGCUUUCUGUUAUUAUUACGAAAUGUGGAUGCUUCCCUUCUUACUUCUCGUCUUCUUCUCUAGGAACUGGCUCAUUUAUAGGUUAACUGUUCGUUUAAAACGUUCCUACAAAAGUUACAAAAAUAAUCCAUGGGAAUAUAUAAAACAAAUAUUUGGUAGAGGUAAUCCUUUAUUAGUGCCGGUAGAUGAUGAUGAUCUAUUAGCAGAAGAAGAUGACGAAGAUGAAGCUGAUAAGGAAGAGAAGAAAUCUUUAAAAGAACGAUUACAAGCGAUACAAGAAGUAACACAAACAGUUCAAAAUGCUAUUGGUUAUGUAGCAUCAUUUGGAGAAGCUGUUAAAAACCUUAUGAAUUUUACAGUGCCAUAUCUAAGCUAUUUGGCUAUAUUGAUGUUGUUUGGAGCGAUGAUAGUAUUAUAUAUUAUUCCGUUGAGAUAUCUGCUUAUGGCUUGGGGUAUUAAUAAGUUUACGAGAAAAAUUUUACGACCUCACACUAUACCAAAUAACGAAGUGAUUGACUUAUUAUCAAGAGUUCCAGACGAUGAAAUAUUGUUGGAUUGUCGAGAGCUGAAGCCGCAUCCAAUAAAUGAAAACCGAAGAGAUCUGAGGAAGAAACACAAAGCUUCGUAACAGGCUCAGGUUUGGAUCCAACGAAGGGUCGAAUAUUGUACUUCUAAAAUAAAUAAAAAGAUUUAUAAAGCCGAUUGAAGCUGGGUAAAAGUUAUUAUUCACUGCACAAAUUUUCGCAAUAUUUUCAUUACAUGGGAUACAAUACCAUCCAGUAGAAAUAAACUAUGCAUAAGAACGAAUAAUUUAAACUUUCCAUGUAUUAAUCCAGUUAUCCAAAUUUUUGUUGUGACAUUUCUUUGGUUCAAAACUGAGUCGAUAUACUCAGUUUUAUCAUCUGAUUCUGCUCAUAAAAUUUGUGCAGUGUAAAAAAAUUACCCUAUAAUAGUCAAUUUAAAAUUUAAUAAAUGAUGAAAUGAUCAUGUCAUCUAAAUAUAUAUAAUUAGUGAAUUUUAACAAAUUACUUAACAAUCCUUGUAUAUAUUCGAAGACUUUGUAAAGUAUUAAUCAAUGCCGAAUAAACAAAAAAUGAGUGUUUUAGCAAAAUAUAUAAAGAACUUAUGUAUAUUUAAAUUUCACACUUUUAUUAUAGUUUCAAUUGAUGAUAUCAAGUUGCCACGUCUAACUCAAUUUUCCUAUCAAAUCUAAACGCAAGCUAGCUAUCUAUAUCCUUUGGUAUGAUGAAUAUUUCGUAGGUAUACAUAUAUUUUUAUUAUUAGCUUUAAAUAUACAUAUUAGUCAUGUAUGGAUAAAAUGGAAUCUGUGAUUUUGAAAGAUCAUUCGAUUAUAAAAUAUUUAUAACACCAGAUGCAAAAUCUAGAUACCUUUGUAUAUUUCUCUCUAAAAUAUAUAUUUCUAAGUAUUUUUUCGUUUGAAAUAGGUCUAAUUUCAAAUAUAGAAUUGAUCUAGAACUCAUGGACACAAAUUAUCGUCUUUAUAUUUUUGUUAUAAUUUGUUUUUAAUGUCUUCCUUUAAUAUAAUGAGAUAUCUGUGUGUGUUUCUUGCUUGUGGAUAUACCUAGAUUUAUUAUUUUAAUCAAAAAGAAAUCAUUUUAUAUUUUUAUACGUUAGUAAUAGUAUUAUCUAAAAAUAAUUAUCGUCCACAUCAACAAAUACCGAAUACCUAAGAAUAUCUUGCAAGUUUAUUGAAAUGAUAUUAAAUAUUUUUUUCAAUGACACUGCAAUAAAAUUUAUAAGUAUUUCCAUUUUAAAAUGCAUUUAAGUCCCAAGUUGCAUAAAAUCCAAUAAAUUAGGGAUAGAUAUUAGAUAGGGUUUUUAAUACAACCAUUUUUAUCAAAUGUUGAAUUUGUUGAGUUUAAUGUUGAUAAUGUUUUGAUGUUCCAUCAAGUGGAAAAGUUUAAUGAACAAAUAAAAAUAAUAUAUUGUUACGCCAUUCCUCCACAACCCAAUGAAAAUGUUCACAAAUAGAAUAAGACUGAGACCAAUCUCAUUGAUAACAUAAUUAUAGAUAGGAUUUAUGUAUAAUUUUUAAACUAUCCAUGUAAAUAAUAAAAAUCUUAAUAUAUCUGCGCAAAUCAUUUAUCUCAUUCCAUUUUUUAUAUUUAGAGAUAAAUGAAGGUAAAUUCAUCUUCCACCUUAGCACAAAUUUCUUGUAGAUGUGAAUUUUUCAAAGCUUUGAGGAAAAUAGUGCGGUUUUUACUGCUUUACAAGCAUUUAGAUAUUUGUUUAUCUACUUACAUAUUCCAAAGUCUAUUUUUUUAGAAUUAUGUAUGUAUCUUAUGUAAUUCUGCAUUAUCAUUUUGCAGCGGAGUUCAAUUUGGUUUUGAAAUUUAUACACAAUAUUUUUUAUGAUAAUUUCUUAAUUAUAUCUAUUAUAUAGUUUACAGAAUUUUCUCUAGGUAGAUGUACUUUAUUGCCGUUUUCAAUCUGUAUCUACCAUGUAACUAGUGUACACUUAUAAAUAAAUAUUGUCUUAAUAUGAGUGUAGCAGAAAUUUUAGCUAGAAAUGAAAUAUAAUUGUCAAA